AUGGUGAAGGGUCGUCAAGGCGAGCGUAUCAGACUCUACGUCAGGGGAACUAUUCUCGGUUACAAGAGGUCGAAGUCGAACCAGUAUCCAAACACCUCUUUGAUUCAGAUCGAAGGUGUUAACACAAAGGAGGAGGUAGCAUGGUACCAGGGAAAGCGUAUGGCGUACAUCUACAAGGCCAAGGUCAAGAAGGAUGGUUCACACUAUCGCUGCAUUUGGGGAAAGGUCAUUAGGCCUCAUGGUAACAGUGGUGUCGUGAGAGCUAAGUUCAAGUCCAAUCUGCCCCCCAAAUCCAUGGGAGCUAGGGUUAGGGUGUUCAUGUACCCAAGCAACAUCUGA